CGGUCCCCGCAGCCGCAGGGUCUCCGGGGCGCAUCUGAGGAGCCUCAGGGCUGGAGCAGGAGGUCCACUUGCCGGAGAGAACGCAGAGGGGCAGGUGGCUUCACUAUCUUCCUUGGAAAAGGGAGACAGCCACCUUCAGCAGAGCCAUGGAAAUCCCAGAAAGUUACUGAGCCGCUCAACAAAAGGCCUUGAACCUCCGCCUCUCCGCCCCCAUAACACCAGGUAGAGCAGCCUGGCAAAGCCUCCAAGGAAAACAAAAGCCCUUUCUCUUGAUUCACCAGAAAAACACUGAUGACCAUCAUCGCUGCUAGGAGGUCCCAUUGUCUCAGAAACUGAAGCCUUUAAACAAUCAGGGACCCCGUGCCUCUAGAAUAAGAACAUACUAGAAGCCCCUUCUGUUAGGACUGGAGGAUCAUGGGAGACCACCUGGACCUUCUCUUAAGAAUCGUGCUCAUGGCCAGUCCCGCGCUUGGAAUUUCUUCCUGCUUCUUCGAUGGUUGGAGAGCCUUAUAUCGUUUCUGCAACCUCACCCAAGUCCCCCAGGUCCCCAGCACCACCAAGAGCCUCCUGCUCAGCUUCAACUACAUCAGGACAGUCACAACCGCGUCCUUCCCCUUCCUGGAGCAGCUGCAGCUGCUGGAGCUCGGGACUCAGUUUACCCCCUUGACCAUUGACAAAGAAGCCUUCCAAAACCUGCCCAAUCUCAGAAUCUUGGACCUGGGCAAAAGUCAGAUAGACUUUUUGCACCCAGAUGCUUUUCAGGAACUGCCCCAUCUCUCCGAACUUCGACUGUUUUACUGUGGUCUCUCCAGUGCUGUAUUAAAAGAUGGCUAUUUCAGAAACUUGGGGUCUUUGACUCACUUGGACCUAUCCAAAAAUCAGAUUCAGAGUCUUUACCUUCAUCCUUCAUUCGGGGAAUUGAAUUCCUUGAAGUCCAUCGAUCUUUCCCUCAACCAAAUAACCACUGUAUGUGAGCAUGAGCUCAAACCCCUCCAGGGAAAAACACUCUCCUUUUUAAGCCUUGCUGGUAAUAACCUGUACAACAGGGUCUCAGUGGACUGGGGGAAAUGUCUGAACCCAUUCAGAAACAUGGUCCUGGAAACCUUAGAUGUUUCUGGCAAUGGCUGGGCAGUGGACGUCACAAGAAACUUCAGCAAUGCCAUCAAUGGAAGCCAGAUUUUCUCUUUGGUUCUUACCCAUCACGUGAUGGGUUCUGGGUUUGGCUUCACUAACAUCAAAGAUCCUGACCAGCACACCUUUGCUGGUCUGGCCAGAAGCUCAGUGAUACAGCUGGACCUUUCACAUGGGUUUAUCUUCUCCCUGAACUUCCAACUCUUUGAGACGCUCAAGGAGUUGAAGGUUCUGAACCUCGCCUACAACAAGAUAAACAAUAUUGCAGGCAAAGCAUUUUAUGGACUCGACAACCUCCAAGUUCUCAAUAUAUCACAUAACCUUCUGGGGGAAUUGUAUAGUUCUAAUUUCUAUGGACUACCUAAGGUAGCCUAUAUUGAUCUGCAAAAGAAUCACAUCGGGAUCAUUCAGGACCAAACAUUCAGAUUCCUGGAGAAAUUAAACACCUUGGAUCUCCGGGAUAAUGCUCUUAAAACUAUUUCUUUUCUUCCGAGCAUACCUAAUAUCUUCUUGAGUGGCAAUAAGCUGGCUACUUUGCCGAACAUCGCACUUACAGCUAACUUCAUCACCUUAUCAGAGAAUAGGCUGGAAAAUCUGGAUAAUCUCUACUUCCUUCUCCAGGUACCUCAUCUCCGGAUUCUCAUUUUAAAUCAAAAUCGCUUUUCCUUUUGUAACCAAAACCAUGCCCCUUCAGAGAACCUCAGCUUAGAAGAGCUUUUCCUUGAAGAAAAUAUGUUGCAGCUUGCCUGGGGAGCCGGGUUCUGCUGGGAUGUUUUUAAGGGGCUUUCGCAUCUCCGAGUCCUGUAUUUGAAUAAAAACUACCUGAAUUUCCUUCCACCAGGAGUAUUUCGUCAUCUGAUUGCACUGAGGGGACUCAGCCUCAAGGACAACAGGCUGACCGUUCUUUUUCCUGGCGACUUACCUGCUAAUUUAGAGGUCCUGGAUUUAUCCGGAAACCAGCUCCUCUCUCCUGAUCCUGAUUUAUUUGCAUCGCUGAGUGCCGUGGACAUAACUCAUAACAAGUUCAUCUGUGAGUGCGAACUUAGCCCUUUUAUCAGUUGGCUCAAUCAAACCAACGUCACAAUAUUUGGCUCUCCGGCAGACAUAUACUGCAUGUACCCGAGCUCCAUGGCUGGAGCUCCCCUCUACUCUCUUUCCACGGAAGACUGUGAUGAAGAGGAAGUUUUAAAGUCCCUAAAGUUUUCCCUUUUCAUCUUCUUCACUGUCACUUUGACUCUGUUCCUCGUGGCCAUCCUCAUCGUUACGAAGUUUCGGGGGUUUUGUUUCAUCUGUUAUAAGAAAGCCCAGAGACUGGUGUUCAAGGACCCCAUCGAGGGAAGAGAAUCAGAGACGUACAAAUACGAUGCCUAUUUGUGCUUCAGUAGCAAAGACUUUGAAUGGGUGCAGAAUGCUUUGAUCAAACACCUGGAUGCCCAGUACAGCAACCAAAACAGAUUUAACCUGUGCUUUGAAGAGAGAGACUUUUUGCCCGGGGAAAACCACAUCACCAACAUCCAGGAUGCCCUGUGGACCAGCAGAAAGGUUGUCUGUCUCGUGAGCAGACACUUCCUUAGAGACGGGUGGUGCCUCGAAGCCUUCAGUUACGCCCAGAGCAGGUGCUUAGCUGACCUCAGUGGCGCCCUCAUCAUGGUGGUGGUGGGGUCCCUGUCCCAGUACCAGCUGAUGAAGCAUCGCUCCAUCAGAGGAUUCGUCCAGAAACAGCAGUACUUGAGGUGGCCUGAGGAUCUCCAGGAUGUUGGCUGGUUUCUCAACAAACUCUCUCAGUGUAUUCUAAAGAAAGAAAAGGAAAGGAAGAAAGACAAUGACAUUCAGCUGCAAAGUGUAACCACCAUUUCCUAGUCAAAGGAGCACUUUUCCACUUCUCUCAAGCCACAAGCAACUCUUCACAUUUUAUUUCUACUAAGUUACCAUUUGGGGUCCUUUAUGAAGUUGUUUUCCUACGAUAAAAACUACA